CAUCUUCUUCUUCCUGCUUCCGGUCAAUAUUUUGUUUCUCUUGAAGACCUCCAAAAAUAUGUGGAUAAUUUUAUGAGGUCUAAACUAGAACUUGUUAAAUCUGUAUAAAAUGUUACCGCUUAUUAUUAAUAGUAUAGCGGCAGUAUUUCUAUUGAGCACUAAAGUUUUAGCUCAGCAACCUGAAAUUGUUGAUGAAAUUUGGCCUGAAGUCCAGCCUAUUGGAAGAACAGGUCGCAUCAAUUGUACAGUUGCUCGCUUGAAUGAAAAUACUGUGACAUGGUAUCAUGAGGAAUACAAACAGACAAUAUCUGUUGGUGAAACUAUUGAAGUCAUGAAUGAUAUCAUUGGUGGAUUAAGAAAGUAUGAAGUUCAGGUCAGAAAAAAUGUAGAUCGCGUCACCUACAUGCUGGUCAUUCGUCGCUUGCGCCAACAAGAUGCUGGUUGGUACCAGUGCACUGUACGUAUACAGUCCGUGGAGAACAACAAAUGGCCAACAAAGAAAGGACAAUUAACAGUGCAAGUUGCCCCAACCAUUAGGACAGGUGAUACAACUGCAGUGCUGCAAGUGAACAGGGGACAGAACUCUACACUACAGUGUUCAGCUACUGGGAUUCCCUUCCCUAACAUAACCUGGGUCAGAUUGGAUGGUGGAUUGUUGCCAGUUCUUCCCACUCCAGUUGCUCAGUUCAGAAGUGAGAAUCUUCCCCUGGUGAAUGUGGACAUCCAACACAUGGGUAUCUACCGUUGUGUGGCUGAUAAUUUUAUUAAACCUCCAGCCGAACAUUUAGCAGAAGUUCUGGUGUUCCACGCUCCAAGAACAAGAGUAGUUCAAGACUCAGUUGGCCAGGCACAGAACCGAAGGUUUUAUGCCAAGUUGGAAUGCAUUGUGCAAGGUCAUCCAGAGCCGACUGUUACAUGGGAGCGUGUAGUCAACAAUGGACGUGUCCGCAUUACAGAUGAUGAAAAGUAUGACAUCAACAAGCAGACAAAAGACUUGCAGAACUUAAAGGCCAUGGAGAGCUGGUAUACUUUGAAGAUCAUCAACGUCCAGGCUAAUGACUACACAACUUACUACUGUAUAGCUGAGAACAAUUUCGGUAGAGCUAAUUCUACCAUUGUGCUUUUUGAGACCACUGAGUGUCAAGGUGCCAACUGUCCCUCUCUGCCACCAUCAGCAGCAAGCUUCUCAGAGUUGUCCAUCAUCUUAAUGUUGGUUAUCUCCCUUGUUCACAUCUGUUAAAGUUUUGUCCUGUUUAAUUACUGUAUGAGUAAUGUAAGGUAAUUUACAAGCUAAGUUGGUUGUAUUAUCUUUUCUGGUGAUUUUGUUAACCCGAUUAUUACUUCAAACAUUCCUUGCAUAAGCAUGCAUUCCUGGAAACCAAUCUAAUGUAUGUAUUAUAUGAUUAGAAGUGAAUAGUACAAACAUUUUUUUUUU